GCUGCGAAGAUGGUCGCCAAGCAGCGGAUCCGUAUGGCCAACGAGAAGCACAGCAAGAACAUCACCCAGCGCGUCAACGUCGCCAAGACCUCAAGAAAUGCCCCCGAAGAGAAGGCAUCUGUAGGACCCUGGUUGUUAGCGCUCCUCAUUUUUGUUGUUUGUGGCUGUGCAAUUUUCCAGAUUAUUCAAAGUAUUGGGAUGGGCAUGUAA